AUGGCUACAUGUCCAACCCUGCCAUUUGAUGAAAAACAGUGGAUCAUCCGAAUCCGCCGGAUCUUCGACGAUGAGAUCGAGAUCACCGACGAUCAGUCCAUCUCCAUCUUUGAUGUCCCCAAGCCUCUGUUGUCUACAAGACCUGAAGCUUACAUGCCUCAACUGGUCGCCCUUGGCCCUUACCACCAUUGCCGACAAGAACUCUGUGACAUGGAGAGAUACAAGCUUUCAGCGGCCAAGAGAGCCCAAAGCCACCUCCCAGGCACGGACUUUCAACAGCUCGUGGACGUCUUCACUAAACUAGAGCAUUGGAUUCGUGCUCACUAUCACAGGCAUCUGAAUCUCAGCAAUGAGACACUAGGGUGGAUGAUGGCGAUCGACGUGUCCUUCCUUCUCGAGUUCAUGCAGACUUUCAGCAAGAACAGUAACCAGAGGACGCUGCAGAGGAUCCCCUCAAGGAUGUCACAUUUGGUCGAUCCCUCUCGGAGGACAUCCUCGCAUAGCAUGCUGCUACGUGACAUAGUGAUGCUGGAAAACCAGAUCCCUCUUUUUCUACUCCUAAAGGCGAUCGAGCUCCGCUGCUCGCCGCCGCAACCUGCACAGUCUGUGCUGAGCUCCAUGCUGAUUGGGUUCUUUCAGGAGGUGUCCACACUCAAAGGAACCGGCUGUCCAUGCACCGACAUCAACCAGCACGACCACUUGCUUGGUUUCCUGUACUCGAACAUGGUACCUAGAUGUGCGGAAGAAUCACAUGGCGCUACGGAAGAAGCCGGAGACGAGUUGUGUCACAAACAUGAUCACAGAAAGAGGACUCUGAAUUCAGUGGCAGAAUCGCUUGUCAAGCGCGGCUCAAAGCUCGUUUCAGUGAUAACGGAUUUUAUGGUGAGGAUCCUACUGAAGUUUGUAGCGAACCUGCCUUGCCUCUCAGUGCUCACACAACCAAUUGAGCAGCUAACACAACAAGCAUCAGAACCAAGCGGCUCACCGGAUGUUCAGAACAAGAACGUGACGCCUCUGCUUGAAGAGAUUGCAGUGCCUUCUGUUGCUGAGCUCGCUUACGCCGGUGUCAGCUUCUGUCCAACGGUCGGUGACCUCUCCAUGAUCGACUUCUCCUCAGCAACCGCGACGCUGCACCUACCGGUGAUCAGCGUCGACAUCAACAGCGAGGUCGUGCUGCGAAACAUGGUCGCGUACGAGGCAUCAGUUGGUUCCGGUGCGCUGGUCUUCGCGCGGUACGUCGAGCUGAUGAACGGGAUCAUCGACACCGAGGAGGAUGCGCGGCUACUGAGGGAGUGCGGCGUCAUUCUGAACCAUCUCAAGAGCGACCAGGAAGUGGCCGAGCUGUGGAACGGCAUGACGAGGUCGGUGAGGCUGACGAGGGUGCCGGCGUUGGACAAGGUGAUCGACGACCUGAACAGGCAUUACAGCAGCUGCUGGAAGGUGAAGAUCAGGACGUUCGUGAAAGCGCACGUCCUCGGCUCCAAGGAGUUGCUCGGGUGCGUUGCCGUGGCUUUGAUCUUCCUCUUCAUCGGUCUCCAGUUGUUCUGCGUGACCCGUGGCUGCGUCCCUGCUUCGUACGGGAUGGCACGCAGAAAAUGA